AUGGCAGAUUUGGGAGGCCAGAAUGGCCGGAACUACCGGCCUUACGGACACCCUUCGUCCUUCCAGCGAGAUGCCGCGUUUUCUGAGAUCUUCGGCGGGGCACCACCACCGGGACGUUCCCAAACAAUGAAUUCACAGACGCCUCAAUUUUCUCAGGAUCGGGCUCACACAAUGUCAUCACAUGUUCCACAUCCUCAAAUGCAGAGGGGCCCGCCGCCUCCUGCACGGCAGAUGCAGAAUGGAUAUGCACCAGCACAGCCAAAUGGUUACUAUCAAGCAUACCCUGGAGGCGCUACCAUGGCUUCCCAACCUCCUCCACAGAACCUCCCCCGACCGUACCCCGGACGCUUCGCCUAUCCUCAACCCCAGAGAUUGGAUUCAAGACCAGCCCCUGGUCCCCAGUAUCCGGACGUGAAGGGACCAGGUCGGCCGCUGCCCCCACCCGCCCUUAACUCCGAUGGUUAUAGGUCGAGGUCAAUGGCCAGGAUGGGAGCUCAGGGGUACCAACCGCCCCCUAGUAGCUUCAAUCACACAUCUGCCACCGCUUUCCGCCAGCAGCCGUAUCAUUCCUCGUCUCCGAUGACCGCUCAAGGACGACCGGUACCUUCGAGAACCAGUAAUGAACGUGCCAUGUCCAUGACUUCCUACAGCGCAGACCGGGACCAGUCUCAGACCACGAGCACCGGACGAGUGAUUCCAGCCAGACGACAACCCUCUGGGCCGAGUCAACCACCGGUUGUGAGAACCGAAUCGGAACCUGUUCCCCUACCCAACGCCAAUGGACCUCCCCGCCCGCCCAGCGACCCAUCAAUGAGCGCUCGCUCCAUGUCAAUGGCGUCUACUGUUGUGCCGGACCGAACCAUGAGCAUACAGAGCCAGUCGACCCAAAAAUCAAAUGGUCAGACAACACUAGUGUCAAGCAACUCACGCCGUAGCAAGGUACCGCUGGUUUAUCCUGCCCUGCUCUCGCGAAUUGCCGACGUUUUCCGUGAAAGGAUAGCACUAGGUGAACGACAGAAGAACGGGCUAUCAUACCAGAAUGCUUUCACAGGUGCAGAAGCAGUAGAUUUGGUUUCCUACAUCAUCAAAACAAACGAUCGGAAUUUGGCUCUUCUGCUGGGACGUGCUCUUGAUGCGCAGAAGUUUUUCCAUGAUGUCACAUACGACCAUCGCCUUCGAGAUGCUCCAGGUGAGCUUUAUCAGUUCAAGGAAACGAUGGGAGAAGAGGCACCCAGUUCAGAGGUCAAUGGUGUAUUUACGCUUCUAACCGAGUGUUACUCGCCGACCUGUACUCGGGACAGCCUCUGUUACUCAAUUGCAUGCCCAAGAAGACUGGAACAACAGGCACGAUUGAAUCUGAAGCCACAACCGGGACUGCGAACUUCCGCCUCUAAAGGCAGUUUGCACGGCGAUGAUGACAACGACAACCAAAAACUAUGGAUCAACAUGGUUCCCAAGGAGGUUUCCGACACUAUUGAUGACCGGGAAAAGAAACGUCAAGAGAUUAUUUUCGAGAUCAUGUACACUGAGCGUGACUUCGUCAAGGAUUUGGAAUACUUGAGAGAUUUCUGGAUGAGGCCGUUGCGGUCCGCUGGCAAUGCCAAUCUUUCGCCGAUUCCAGAACAUCGACGUGAGAAGUUCAUUCGAACGGUAUUUGGAAACUGCUUGGAAGUCUUGAAGGUUAAUGGUGGAUUGUGUGAAGCCCUCAAUACGAGACAGAAGGAAAUGCACGUUGUUCAAACUGUUGGCGACAUUUUCCUCCAACAUGUGCCAGGAUUCGAUCCCUUCAUCAAGUACGGUGCCAAUCAACUAUACGGCAAAUAUGAAUUUGAGAAGGAAAAAGCAUCGAAUCCAGCGUUCGCAAGAUUUGUGGAAGAGACAGAGCGUCUUAAGGAGUCUCGGAAACUGGAAUUGAACGGAUAUUUGACAAAGCCAACAACACGUCUUGCAAGAUAUCCUCUCCUGCUCGAACAAGUUGUGAAAAAUACGGCAGAGGGAAGUCCAGACAAGGAAGACAUCCCCAAGGCCAUUAAACUUAUCAAAGAUUUCUUGUCACGGGUCAAUACCGAAAGUGGAAGAGCCGAGAAUCAUUUCAACCUUGUGCAGCUGAAUACGGCUUUGAAGUUUGGCCCGGGUGACUAUGUUGACCUGAAGCUCACAGAGGAAAACCGUCAAAUGCUCACCAAAAUGGCGUUUAAGAAAACACCCACCGAUAGCUCUGAAGUUACCGCAUAUCUCUUUGACCAUGCAGUAUUGCUCGUCAGAAUUAAGGUUGUCAAUAAACGCGAAGAGUACCGGGUUUACAGGAAGCCCAUUCCUCUUGAACUCUUGGUCAUCGCUCAAAUGGAUGAGGUGAUUCCAAGGGUUGGAAUCGCCAAGAGGCCUUCAUCUAGUUUACUUUCCAACAAGGCUGCCGCAAACCCUCCUACUACGAAAGAUGGACUUCCCAUCACUUUUAGGCAUCUUGGAAAGGGCGGGUACGAACAGACCUUGUAUGCUACAUCUCCAACGCAAAGGCGGAAGUUCAUUGAAAUGGUCGAGGAACAGCAAAGAAAACUCAGGGAGCGAAAUAGCAACUUCUACAAGAAAACUGUUCUCUGUGAGAAUUUCUUCACAAGUGUCAACCGGGUUAAUUGUCUUGUUCCAGUCGACGGUGGCAGGAAAUUGGUCUAUGGUACGGAUAGUGGUAUCUACCUAUCAGAGCGUUGGCCGAAGGACAAAUCUGCGAAGCCAAGGAGAGUUCUUGAUGUCAGUGGGGUUACUCAAAUAGAUACCCUGGAGGGGUAUCAGCUGCUCCUUGUUUUGGCGAACAAAACACUCUCCUCGUAUCCAAUGGAUGCUCUUGAGAUAGUCGAAGGCCAGAAUACUCUAGCAAAGCGGCCCAAGAAGAUCCAAGGCCAUGCAAACUUUUUCAAGGCUGGAAUCGGACUCGGACGGCAUCUUGUCUGUUCCGUUAAGACCUCUGCCCUGUCGACCACCAUCAAGGUUUACGAACCAAUGGACAACCUGGCCAAGGGAAAGAAGAAGUCCGCCGUCAGUAAAAUGUUCCAAAGUGGCCAGGAUACUUUGAAGCCAUUUAAGGAAUAUUACAUCCCCGCCGAAUCUUCGUCCAUACACUUCCUUCGAUCGACACUCUGUGUUGGAUGUGCCCGUGGUUUUGAAGUGGUCAGUCUUGAAACCACCGAAACACAGUCACUCCUAGAUCAGGCCGACACGUCCCUUGAUUUCGUUGCAAGGAAAGAAAACGUCAAGCCAAUCUAUAUUGAACGAAUGAAUGGCGAAUUCCUUCUCAACUACAGCGACUUUUCCUUCUUUGUCAACCGAAACGGCUGGCGUGCCCGUUCAGAUUGGAAGAUCUCUUGGGAGGGUAAUCCCAACGCAUUUGCGCUUUCUUACCCCUACAUCCUCGCUUUCGAGCCGAACUUCAUCGAGAUCAGACAUAUUGAGACGAGCGAGUUGAUUCAUAUCAUGACUGGGAAGAACAUUCGCAUGUUACAUUCCUCCACAAGAGAGAUCCUUUACGCCUACGAAGAUGAAACCAACACGGAUGUGGUGGCCAGUUUGGAUUUCUGGAGCCAGCCGCAGCAGCAUUAG